AUGGAUCUGUUUGCCGUCAAGCAGCAAUACUACACGGGGAAUUACAAAGAAGCGCUUUCCAGGGCCGCCCAAAACGCUUCGGAGUCGUCAGAAACUGUGGAGUUCUACCGGACCAAGUGCCAGCAGGCGCUGGGCCAAUUGGACGUCCCCAACAGUGCCACGCCGUUGGGUGCAGUAUUUACAGAGUACUUCGCGAGCGCCAAGGGCGGAGACCUUUCCAAGCUGGAAAAAGCGGUCGCUGAGGCGCCAUCGUCGUUGUUCGUGGUCAACGUGUGGGCAACGGCACAGGCGCGUGCCGGGGAGCUGGAGAAGGCGCUAAAAACAUGUACCGACGCGCUGGAAGAUGCCACGGGGCCCGGGGCCGUGGAGCUCGCGUUACUGGCGGUGCAAAUCGCGGUUGUGGCCGGACAGAAGGUUGGCAGUGGCACCGCCGGGAGCACCGGCAGCAGCGCUGGGGCGCGGAUCCUACAAAACUUCCUGGCCGCCAACGACGAGUAUCCAAACGAGGACGAGAUCGUGGUGAACAUGGCUGACUCGUACGUGAACUUCGCGCUGGGCCGCGAGACGUCCGGGUCGAACUUCUAUUUUUACGAGGAACUGUGCCAGACAUUGCCGUGCUGGAAGUCGCAGCUCGGGCUGUUGAGUCUGCACCUACAGCAGCAGAACCUACCGGAGGCGCAAGCGGUGGUCGAGCUGCUGGAAUCCGAAUUUUACCAAAAUCAAUCUGAGUCUGCCGCUCUAUACACGCCGGAGCUACUGGCCAAUAAGGUUACACUUGCGGCUAUGCACGGCGAGCACCCGGAUGCCAUCAGAGCCGAAUUGCUCGAUGUGAAGCCAGAGCACCCUCUAAGUGAAAAUUACCGUGUGAACGAUGCCAAAUUCGACGAGAUCGUUGCAAAAUAUGGAGCAUGA